AUGCCGGACGCAGGCCUGACAGGAGUAUCAGCGGAAAAGGACCGCAAGUAUCGCGAUAAAGACCUGCACACACUGCGCACAACGCAGUUCCCGCCCUCGUUCAGCACACGGGUGGACAUGCGCCGCGUGAACCUCACUGUCUUCCGCGGAUGGGUGACGGAGCGUGUGGUGGAUGCGCUCGGCUUCGAGGACGACAUCGUUAUCGAAUAUAUCCUCGAUAUGCUCGAAGCUGCCCAAUUCCCUGAUCCGCGUCAUGUGCAGAUAUCGCUCACGGGCUUUCUCGAGAGCCACACGGCGCAAUUCAUGGAAGAGCUGUGGGGAUUGCUCGUCACGGCGCAGCACUCCCAAAUGGGCAUUCCGCCCCAAUGGCUCGAGCAGAAGAAGCGGGAGAUCGUGGCUAAGAGGGAGCACGACGAGAGCCGAGCUAGGGAAAGAGACGAGAUUAGGAGAAGCUACGCAGAUGCUGAUUAUAGGAGGGGUGAUAGAGGGCGCGGCGCAAGGGGUGGAAGGGGAGGCAGAGGCGGUAAAGGUGUUAGAGGUGGUCCUGGUGCUAGCCACAGAGACAGCUACAACCAAUCAGAUAACAUUAAAUACACAAGACGCAGCAGAUCCAGAUCACCGUCUCGCCCUGCUUACCCUGCUCACUCUCGCAGAUCACCCCCACCCACUCCUAGACGCGACAGAGCUGACUCUCGCACGCCAGAAUACAGAGAGCCAUAUGGCCGCGAUAGAUUACCAACGCCAGAAUACAGAGACAGACACACGCACAAUGAGGGAUAUCAAACACGGCUAUCAAGAUCACCACCUCGCAGAUAUCGAUCACCAUCUCCACGGCGUGAGAGUUAUGGCUCAGACACACCGCCAAUGCGCAAUCGAAGUGGAAUAUGA